AUGCUAAACAAUGUAUCAGACGAUAAAAUUCAAGAAGCUUGGCGUGUAGUUAGACUUAUGGAAGACACUUUCAAUAAUAUUUUACCAAUUCGACCACAUAAUAAUAAUCCUAAUAGAUCUGUUACACCAAUUCAAUCUAAUCAAAAUAUAUUAUUCAACCAAUUUGAUCAACUUACCUCUAUACAUAAGGCUUCAGGAUUUAAAAAACCCAAUAAAAAAUUCCUACAAGAUCGAAUAUGUUAUGAUAAAAGUUAUGGAUUGUUGCAAACCCAAAAGAAAGAGCUUCUAAAAGCUGAUACUGCAUCAAGUCAAGAUCAAGAAAAUAUUAUUCAA